AUGCUUCCCGAGGAAUUGGCCAAUUCUAAGGAAUCUCUCACAGGUCGUGUGGUUGUCAUUACAGGAGUCUCUCCGAAUGGCAUUGGAUAUGAAACAACUCGAGUGUUGAUGGAAAGAGGUGCAACUGUGGUGAUGGCCGUUCGUGAUGUUGAAAAGGGAAAACGAACUCGACAAAUGUUGUUGGAGUCGAUUGCAAAUGAGACGAGGAGAUCCCUUGCAAAGGUGAUUGCCAUGCAUUGUGAUUUGAAUGAUUUGGAUAGUGUGGCUAGUUUUUGUGAAGAUUUUAGAAAUGAUUUUAAGGAGAGAUGUCACAUGUUGAUUUUGAAUGCGGGAAUUUAUGAUCCAAAACCUUCCAUGACGAAACAAAAAAUUGAAUCACAUUUUGGAGUGAAUCAUUUAGCUCACUUCUUAAUGACAUGUCUCUUAUUUGACAUUUUGGUCAAAUGCAAGGCCAGAGUCAUUGUUUUAACCUCUAAACUUCAUGAAUACUACAAUCCUCAUCUCGAAAUGUUCAAAGAACCAAAAUUAUUCCUCAACAAUGAUGGAUCUAAAAUCAAAGAAGACAUGUAUAGUCGAUCCAAAUUUGCAAAUAUUCUCUUUUGUAAGAAAUUGGAUCGAAUGUUUGAAGAAGCCACUUGUUCCGAUCCCUCUUCUCCAACUUUAUCCAAUUCCGAUCGAGCUCAUUGUUAUUGUGUACAUCCAGGAUUGGUCUCUACAAAUAUUUCACAACGAAUUACCAAUCCAUUGUCAUUCCUCUUUUACAAAUUUAUUGGAAAAUUAAUUUCUAAGGAUGUCGUUCAUGGAGCUCAAACAACAUUAUAUUGUGCCUUUCAGAAAUCAAAUUUAUUGCAAGGGGGUGGAUAUUAUGCAGAUUGUGCCGAUCGACGACCUCAUCGAUUGGCAAUUUCUUCAAAUAUGCAAGAUGAUUUGUGGCAUUUGAGUUUGAAUUUGUGUAAAAAGUACAUUCCAGAAGAGAGUGAAGACGAUGAAGCUUCCCGAAUGUAA